AUCAGCGUUCGUAGCAGUGUCUAUUUCGGGUGCUGGGCAAUAAGAAAAUCGAAAUAAUAAUAUUGUCGAGAGAUUCCAACUACUAGCUGGUUUGAAGUUUAUCCUGUUAAUAGAAUUAUGUAAAAAUCAUGCAUUGAGUGUAAUUUUCGGCAAUUUUAGACCCGUAUUCGAUCAAGUAAAGUGUAUAAAUUGUCCCUGAGUGCGUGUAUCUGCAAUUCUAGUCAUUCAAAAUGGAUGCAGAAGGAGGUGAUUCGGAAAUUGUUUAUGGAACGCACGAUGACGCUGCAAUGGUGAUGUCUGAAAAAGUACAAUCACUGGCCGGCUCGAUUUACCAGGAGUUUGAGCGCAUGAUAUCGCGUUAUGAUGAGGACGUCGUUAAAUCCCUCAUGCCAUUACUUGUCAAUGUCCUGGAGUGUUUGGAUGCUGCUUACCAAAAUAAUCAAGAGCAAGAUGUUGAGCUUGAAUUGCUACGAGAAGAUAAUGAGCAGUUGGUCACACAAUAUGAACGUGAGAAAAAUGCUCGAAAACAAGCUGAGCAGAAGCUUUUGGAGACCGAAGAUUUGGCUGAGCAAGAGAAUAAAGAACUGGCAAGUCGCUUGGAAUCUUUGGAAAGUAUUGUGCGUAUGCUGGAGCUGAAACAUAAAAAUAGUAUGGACCAUUCUAGUCGGUUGGAAGAAAGAGAAGGUGAACUCAAGAAAGAGUAUAACAAACUCCACGAACGUUAUACCGAGUUGUUCAAAACACAUGUUGACUAUAUGGAACGUGCUAAAAUCAUGAUGGGCAAUUCCAACCACUCUCAAGUCAGCGGUGCAUCUGAACGAUUAAAUCUUCAUACAUCGAGAUUGAUUCCGAUAGCUCGAUCGUCUGGUCCAGUAUCAUAUGGAUUCACAUCGCUAGAAAAUUCCACAAUGCUUGACUCAGAUGUCGUGUGCAGCGGGGAGAGCAGCAAUGGUUCAGGACCUCCUUCGUUGCAUAAUGAGCUUGAUCAGAUUGUCACCGCUGAAAAAUCUUCGGAAACGGAAAAAAUGCAGCAGACUAAUCAAGCAACAUCCCCGGAGAGCGAGGCUUCCAAACCUGUAAUGACUAAUUCAAUUGGUGGUAAAACCACUACCAAGAAAGAACAAAGAUCUGGGAAUACUCUCUACCAAGAACUGUCGUUCCAGGAUGACACAGUGGAGAGUGAAGAAGCAGAGAUAACAGGAGGCUGGGUACAUCCAGGAGACUAUGCCUCUUCAGUAAACGACAACUUCUUUGGAAUGGGAAAAGAGGUAGAGAAUCUAAUUAUGGAAAAUAAUGAGCUGCUAGCUACCAAAAACGCAUUGAACAUUGUAAAAGAUGACCUCAUAGUCAAGGUCGAUGAACUGACCGGAGAAAUUGAAAUUCUACGUGAAGAAUUGAAUGCAGUGAUUUUGGCGAGAAACAAGCUAAAGUCAAAAGUUACUGAACUGGAGGAGGAGCUGAAGAAAACCAAAGCACAGGUGAAGCAAACCACUGUGGAUCAAGAGGAAGAAGGUGACAUUCCAAUGGCCCAGAGAAAACGAUUUACCAGGGUUGAGAUGGCUCGUGUGCUUAUGGAGCGUAAUCAGUAUAAAGAACGAUUCAUGGAGUUGCAAGACGCUGUACGUUGGACGGAGAUGAUGCGUGCAUCCAGAGUUGAGAAUUUGGAUAAAAAAUCAAAACAGAGCAUUUGGAAGUUUUUUAGUAACCUUUUUAGUUCAGGCGAUAGACCACCGCCUGAAUCUUCCGGGCGAUUACUUCGAUAUAGUACAAACCAGAGUCCUAGCAUGCAAGGAAUUCCUGAAGCAAGACUGUUCACAAGUCCUGCUCAUUUUAGCUCUAUAAAAUCUUCGAAUGUGUUGGUUCUCACUAAAGAACCGGAACUAGCUAGCUCGGAACGGGCCAACCAAAGACGACGUGAUCAAUACAGACAAGUGAGGGCCCACGUGCAAAAAGAAGACGGACGAUUGCAAGCAUACGGUUGGAGUUUGCCUUCAACAAAACCCAUGACUGGGGGCAGUUCCUCUAAAGUGAACAGUGGUGUCCCGGUUCCGGUUCCUGUAUACUGUAGGCCAUUGGCUGAAGCCAGUCCGCAUAUGAAAGUCUGGUGUGCCAGCGGUGUGAAUCUUCACGGUGGAUAUACUAGAGAUGGUGGCUGCAUGGUAGGAGCCAGUAUAUUCUAUUCAAAGAAAUCCGAGACGAAAAUCACUGAAAUUACCGAAGGUGAAACAGCCGAAAUAAAUGAGCUAGAAUAUCUUGAAAAACAAUUGGUGUCUAUCAACAACGCUUUGAACAGCGAAACCGAAUUGAGUUCAUUUGUCUGGAUUUGCACCAGUACUCAUUCAGCGAGCACAGUUACCGUCAUCGAUGCCAAAAAUCCAGCGGAAGUGUUAGACUCGUUUCCGGUCUGUCAAAACCAUUUACUUUGCAUAUGCACCGUUCAAGGUGCGGAGGAAAAAGAUUAUGCUCUAUUGGAAAACAGUGAAGUCACCAAAGCAGGAGAAAUGUUGGAAAAUCCAGGGAGUUCACCAGAUGAUAUUGGAAAAGUUACCUUCGUGAGACAAGACCCAUCGGCGAAUCAAACAAAGGGUGAUAACACAACUGAAACUGGACAAAUACCAUCAGCAAAUUGCGAUCAAAACCAUAAUAAGAAAGAUUCUCCUGUUGAAAGUGAACAAGAAAAAGCAGAAAUAAUCAGUAUAGUGAAUACUGAUAACAAUGACAACAUCACGGCUUGCGAAGCGAACCCUGAUGAUAAAUUAUCGAACGAUGAGCCCCCGGUGUCAUCCGUCGGUCCAACUAUGUGGAUGGGUGCCCAGAACGGAAUGCUCUAUGUGCACAGCUCGAUUGCUAAAUGGAACGUAUGCUUACAUCGAAUCAAACUGCCCGAUUCUAUUCUGUCAAUAGUGCACGUAGAAUCACGAGUUGUCGUCGCACUGGCAAACGGAUCACUUGUUGUAUUCAGAAGACAAAUCAGCGGAGAAUGGGACACGAAUAAUUAUCACAUACUUACAUUGGGAUCCCCGAAGCAUUCUAUUCGAUGCUUGACAAUUGUCGGAGAUAAAGUAUGGGCAGCGCAUCGCAAUAGGAUUCACGUUAUAGAUCCUAUAACAUUAACCGUGCUACAUUCAUUCGAAGCACAUCCUAGGAAAGAAAGUCAAAUACGUCAAAUGGCUGCCACUGGUUUGGGUGUAUGGAUUUCCAUAAGGUUGGAUUCCACAUUACGCUUAUUUUCGUCCGAAACAUAUGGACACAUACAAGACAUUGAUAUUGAACCUUAUGUUUCCAAAAUGUUGGGAACUGGGAAGCUUGGAUUUUCGUUUGUGCGGAUAACAGCUCUUUUGGUGUCUUGUAACAGGCUGUGGAUUGGGACAGGGAAUGGCGUGGUGAUAUCUGUGCCGUUAAGCGAUUCAAGUGGUGCUAUAUCGAGCAAUAUGUUGCCCCGGUGCUGCAUGGCUAAUGCUCAGCUGUCGUUCCAUGGCCACAGAGAUGCUGUAAAGUUCUUCGUAGCAGUACCGAUGAAUCCUGAAACUCAAAACCAAUUCCCUUGCAAGAAGGAUAUGCUGGUUUUGUCAGGAGGAGAAGGGUAUAUAGAUUUCCGGCUAGAAGAAAGUGUGGACGAUGCAUGCGACAUUGCUUCUCACAUAUUAGUUUGGCGAGUAAACGCUUCCAUUGAUGAUUUGUCAGUAAAUCAGAGUUGACGUAAAGGUGACGGUGAAAUGGAAAACAGCGUUGAAAUAGAAGCCGAGCAGUCUACCGGAAAUCAAAACGAAAAAAGCUUUAUUAUAGUGUGGCAAGUUAACAAUGCAUAACAUGCUUUUCAAUACUGAUACUGUCGACAGGUGAUUGAAUCAAAGUUUUAAGUUAUUCCAAAACAGAAAACAUGGUGGAUUAUAAAUUCAAAGAAGACAAAGAAGUAGUUGAGAGGUUUUAAGUACUAAUUUAUUAUAGUUUUAUGUAGAAGUUCAAAUAAUGUUCUGAAAAAUUCAUCCCCAUCAGCAUUUAACAACUAGGCAGUUGAAAUUGAAACGUGUUGAAAAAUUCCUUCUAGAUUUAUAGGAGAAAAUCAAUUGAGACACAUUUUUGUCACAGCUAAGAAACAACCAGAGAAAGCAUUCUUGGUUUAUAAGUUGAUUGCUUUGGGAAAGUUUUGCAUGUAAAACUGAUAUUUCUCUCUUGAUACUUUCAAUUUGAGCUAUCUUGUUGUGUAGCAUCAUGGGGGCGAAUUAUCCUUUUUAAGGGAUUGUUUUUAUGUUAAUUUUCCUUAAGUUGAAGAUUUUUUUAAUUCCAUUUAUUUGUAAUAAGAGCAAGCUUGAUAUUGAUAUUUCGUACUUGUUGUUAAACACUUCUCGAUGAUCCAUAAUUAGUAGUUUCCCAUGAACCACAUAGAGAAAUUGUACCAGUUAUUGCUACCGUUGUUCUUUAUCAGAAGUAAUGAUAUACUUAGCAUCUUACUACUCAAAAUACACAAAAUUAUUAAAUAUUCAAAAACUUUUCAGUUAUCACCAAUGGUACAAUAAGGAACCACUAUCGCCAUAACUGGUACAGCUACCCUAGUCAUUUUUCCGGAAAUUCAUAGACCCCCUCAUCCUCGCGAUUACAUACAAAUCUUCAGAAAUUUUUGUGGAUCGCUUCCUCUUGCCAGACCCCUAUCCCUUCUAAUGGGCCACGAGGUUUAUGGGAAACUUCUUAUCAAGCUAAAAGCACCUAAAACAUGACAUAAGGAACGCAAUAAAAUUAUUCGUACUAUUUGCUUUUGAACUGUUAAAAGAGGCUUCAUAGUUACAUAUUUAAUUUAAUUGACUCCUCACAAUUUGCUUCUGAUAUUAAAGAGCAGUCAUUUCUGAUAAGGCUACAUGGACGAAUUUAACUAAUGCGAUAAUCAACUAAUCUAUCUAUGUAAUUUAGUUGCCUAUGUCAAGGUGAGGUUUUUAUCAUCGUGAAUUGCGGUACAACAAAUAAUCGUUUUCUUAGUUCAUGUGAUUAAAAGAGAAAGUGAGGAAUCAUGAAAGAAAUAGUGGAAAGUUAGUACAGUUAUUAAUUCGGCUAGUUUAGCAUUCGAUCAUAGUCUAGAAUAAAUUACUAACUGCUUCUGUUUUGAGCUCAUAUUCUCAUUUGGAAAACAUAAUAUCUGAGCAUCACGGAAAAUUCUGCAACUGUUUAGAGGUAUGUUUGGAACAAGAAUUCAAGCUCAAAGUACAGUAGCUGCUCCAUAUAAAUUGAAUGAAACAAUUUUCAUAACUUUUGUACAUAUGAAACGUAGAUGCUAGUCAUAUACCGUAAUAUAGGAAGGUUCAAUAUAGUGUAUGUAAAUAUUACGCAGUGUUUUGAAACUCGACUAUAAAGUGUUAUUCAAUAUGAAAAAACUGAAGUUUUCUAACGGCGUCAGAUAAUUCUGACUGUAGGAUCAAAAUAAAGCGUAUUCCAUAUCCAUCAAAA